UGUCAAUCAGUUUAGUUUUUUGAAAUUGUAUUUAUUUUCUUUGACUUUUGAAAAGUUCAUGCGUUGUUUCAAACUAUACAUUUUAUUAGUUUAAAACAAAAAGUAAUGUUUCUUUCAAUAUAUACAGGUAUCAGAUAUUUCUUAAAUAAUUGAUUAAUUGUUUUUAUUUUUUUUUUCCACGUAUGUGAAAUUUCACAUCUAUUUAUCAGGUAAUUAUUAACUAUAAUAAAAUGUCCUCUUAUUUUGACUAUUUUUGUGAAAAUGUAAACAGUAAUAAAGCAGCAUGCAGCGACAAGAUUCUUGGGAUAUGCUAUUCUAUGUGUCCACAGACUGAAGUUACUUUAAGAGAAAAAGAGGGUCUAGUACAUGUAUUAGAAGUGUUUGGACCUGAAAGAAAACUGGUAAAAUGCUACAGCAGAUCAGCAGCGGAUUCCAAUAUGGCAAUACCGAGCAUCCUUCGACCAUAUAAUGUCCUGAGGAACACUGUUGAUUAUUUAGUACUUGAUGUUACCAGGAGAGCUGAUGUCCCAACGUCAACCAUUUAUGACUUUGUCAAUGAUCGACUUAGAGCCGUCCGUCAGGAUAUGACCAUUCAGAGGCUGCCACCGGAACAAUGUGUUCAGUUACUUGAACCUAUGAUUAGGUUUUAUGUCUACUUUGGAUACAAAUUGUGCGAGCAGCCACUGAGUGACUACGAUCCUGUACUCAACCAAAAGUACUUAUUGGAAUGCAUGAAAUGGUUUUUAAGUUGCUAUGAAAAUAUACAACAGGCUGAGGACAACACUAACAUUAAUGACAUUAGCACAUCCUUAUCAAGUUUAGAAAUAAAUAAUAGAUAUUUAAAGAAGUUGACCUGUGACAGGGAGUUGAUGGAGAGUCUAUAUAUAUUGUGCAAUUUGGACGAUCUGCACCCGUUGUAUCGCUAUUUCAAGUUACCCAAGGAUAUAAAGAGCAACCGAGCAGUGAAGUUAGCAUAUAAAAUAGCAAUAGCAAAUUUAAAGGGGAACUAUGCACAAGUAUGCAAUAUGCUGAGUCAAUUGUGUCCUCUAACAUACUGUGCUAUCUCUGUGUAUUUGCCUACAAUACAGAGGCGCGCUCUGCAAGUGCUGAGCCAUGGAUACAACAGCAAGCAGUUGACAGUGCCCACUGCUGUAGUCCGACAGUGGUUGAGGUUCCCCAGUGACGCAAACGUGAUCGAUAUAUGCAAGUACUACGGAUUACACGCUGAGGGACCUACUGUACGGUUCUGCAAGGCAGACUUCAAAACGGAUGUGACUACUCAUCAACCAAGAAAAUUAUUUUUACACGAGAAAUCAUUGAAAUUAGAUGUUGAAAAUAUUUUUACCUACAACACCGAAAAGUAGCAAGUUUCUACAAAAUAAGUACGGUUGUUAACACUGGACUGCUGUGAUAUUAGUGUUUAAUAAAAAUAAAACUACAUUAAAUAUUAUAAAGGACUCCUUUAU